GGAGCUACAGCGACCACCCCACAGGAUGCCAAAGACGAUGAGGAGAUAUAUUACCAUGACAGUGGCGAUCUCUCAGCGGAAGAUCUUGAAGGAAAACUGGCUGUCCUCCCCGAAAUCCCGAUCUGGACGACUGCGAAGGUGAGCAUUGAGGAUCUGAAGGUAGGAGACUCCGGAUCGGCGACACCCGAGGAGAUCGAGAGGCUCCGGCAGAUUAUCUGGAAGAAGCGACAUCUUCUGAUCGGUAAAGGGAACGCCUUACCCCCGGCGGCCAAGGGCGUCGUAUGUGAUAUCGACGUUGGAAAUGCGAAACCGAUCGCACUGCGAACCCGGAAACUGCCCACGCGAUUUCGCGAAAAAGUCGCAGGCCUGAUCAAGGACCUCCUGGCAGCCGAGAUCAUCCGACCCUCGACAUUUCCAUGGGCCUCACCGAUCGUGAUUGUUCGCAAGAGUAACGUGCCCCUGAUCGGCGAUCUGCUAGAAGAUCUUGAUAAAGCACUAUGGUACCGUUCGCUGGAUAUGGCUAGCGGCUUCUGGGUCGUGCCCAUGACGGAUCGGGCUCGUGAGAUCUCAGCAUUUAUCACCCCGUUUGGAUUAUUCGAAUGGAGACACAUGCCAUUUGGUCUAAAGAAUGCCCCGCAGAUUUAUCAACGCCUCGUAGACAACGCGCUGUAUGGAUUUUUGAAGAUCUCGCGAUCAGGCGACGCUGGGGCUACAACGAACGUGUUCCAGACCGGGAUCGCGUACGAUCCUGAUCGCAAGUCAGUGUUGGGACGGAGAUCAUACAUGGACGAUAUCAUGAUCGCAGCGGAAUCCGUAGCCAAGCGCUUUUGGGGCAUGGAUAAGGUAGGAUAUCUGGAACACCGAGUUUCGAUCGGAGGUUUGGAGACGAUCCCGAAAGACCUGAAAUCGUUGACCGAUCUGCCGUUCCCCGGAUCACUGCGAUUUAUGCAGUCAUUCCUGGGCAGCCUGAAUUACUACAGCCGAUUCAUCGAAGAUUACGCUAUCUAUGCCUCAGUACUCUACGAAUUACGUAAAGUGGAGUUUGCAGAACUGGAGAAACGGUCGGAUCUGUGGGAGAUCUUGGACCGGAAUGACCCGAUCCCUCGAGAUCACGACCCACCGGAACUGAAGUUGACGGCACCAGUGGACGAGAGUCGCACCUUGAAGACGAACGAGUCGAAUUACAAUGUGACUGAGAAGGUGGUGUUGGGACUGCUGAGGAUCUUGGAUCUCUAUUACAACUUGCUAGUGGGACGCGAGAUCCGGGUCCUGACGCGGCAUUCCACGUUGGCCUGGCUGUUCAAGUCGACGGGAUUACAGGGUCGCCUGGGUCAAUGGUCUGCCCUACUGGCCCCAUGGACACUCGAGAUCACGAAGUGCAUGAAGGGUGAGGACGAGAUACUGGGGGCGAUCGCUGCUAGCAUCACGCCGAGGGCGAAGAUCGACGACGCACUGACCGAAAUCGCCCCCCGGAAAGAACCUAAACGCCGGAUCCAAGCACCGAUACCCACCGUAGAUCGAGACGAGGAACUAUGGGUGAUCAGCUUUGACAGAUCCGCUCGGGUUAAGUGUGGUGGGGUCGCGUCCGGCGCGCUAGUGUGGAGUCUGCCCGGAUGGGAGGCGGUCAAGGCCAGAUCAGGCUAUCUCGAGAGCCUCACCGUGAACGAAGCCGAAUAUAACGGCCUGAUCCUGGGACUCGACAUGCUAGAGGACCUGGAUCGCAAACGCCUGGUGGUCUGCGGUGAUUCCAACUUAGUGAUCCGACAAGUACGGGGCGAGAUCGAUUGCAAAGCGCCCGGACUGACGCUAUUGAAGCGGAAGGCCCUCGAUCGCCUGAGGAAAUGGAGUGAUCAUGAGUUGGUGUAUGUCAAGAGGGACUGGAACGGGAGUGCCGACAGUCUAGUGAGCGCCGCUUUGCAACGACAAGGGACCGAGAACCCAUUGGUGCGAGUAGCAGCGGUGACCACUCGGUCUGGUCGAGCAAGAUCACAGGCGGGUGUCAUGCAAGAGGAUCUGAUCCGGGAGAUCCGGGUCGAUCGGAUUAAGCAGGCCCAGGAGGAAGAAGUCUGGAUCACCGGCAUGAAGAAGUACCUGAGUGGCUCGAUCGCAGAUCUCACACAAGCGGAAGCAAGAUCGUAUGGCAAGAUCGCGGCCGACUACGAGGUAGACGAGCAGGAUCUACUCUUUUACUGCCCCCCCCCACGCCGAGAUCGGGGGACGAUCGCGAUCGAUUGCUGA